AUGUGGAACGACGAGGAUAACAAUCCCUAUGGGGCUUUUGACAAUCAAGAGGCUCAUCUCUCCGACUCGCUUCACUCCACUGCUCUCUCUCCUCCCUUGUACGAGCACGAUGAUACCCCACCCUCCAGCCGUGACUCCAAUCUAGACCCGCCAGACUAUCUUUCUCAUCCAGAAGAUCUCAGUGACCCUGAAGAAGCCGAAUAUGGUGCCGCCAGUCAACAAUACCCGCGGAAGGGCGUAUACGAUAGUCGCAUCGAACAGAUCCUCUACGAGAACCCCGAGAUGGCUAUACUGAUUACGGACGCCGGCAAGAAUCACGAAGGCGGUGGUACCUUCAUCGUCUACACGAUCCGGACAGGGGACCUCGAAGUCCGUCGCCGGUACUCGGAAUUUGCAUCGUUGCGACAGACACUCGUGAAUCUACAUCCUACGUUGAUUGUUCCUCCAAUCCCCGAGAAGCGUAGCAUGGCGGAUUACGCCGCGAAGCCUACCAAAGCUAAAGAAGAUACGGCCAUCAUUGAACUGCGCAAGCGCAUGCUUGGAGUCUUUCUCAACCGUUGUCGCCGAAUGAAGGAAAUUCGUGAGGAUGGUGUUUGGUGGCGGUUCCUUGACCCCAACGUCAGCUGGAGUGAGGUUCUCCAUUCCCACCCUGCAUCCUCUGUCCCUAAGAACAACCUGAAAGCCCCGCCUCUUGAUCCCGCGAACGCGACUCCGGCCCAUGGCUGGCUUCCCGUCCCGUCCUCCUCGGCGAAGCUCAAAGCUAGCGGGGCCUCCGGCACGACCUCAUCACCCACAUCACCUGGCGAGAAUACAGAUGGUUCGGCACCGUCAGCUCCCGGACCCGAGAUCCUGGGACGGUUCCCUCCCGACUCGCGCAAGCUAAGCGAACAAGAGCUGGACCCAUACUUUGUGAAUUUUGAAGCUUCUACCCGAGAAUUGGAGCUGUUAUUGCAAGGAAACAUAGAGAAGGUCAACCGUAGGACGCUUGCGCAUCUCUCCUCGCUUUCCGCGGAUCUCAUGGAGUUGGGUGCGCGCUACAAUGGCUUCUCGCUCUCUGAACAAUCUCCAACCGUGGCCGCCGCGAUAGAGCGCAUUGGACAGGCGGCGGAUACAUCCUACAUCGAGACUGAAGAGCUGUCUCAUGCGUUGAGUGCUAGCUUUGCUGAACCCAUGCGGGAGAGUGCACAGUUUGCCAGUGUAGUCCGCGGAGUACUACGCUACCGGGUGUUGAAGCGGGUGCAGGAGGAGAUGACGCGAGAUGAAUUGGCGCGGAAGAAGACCCUGCUUGACUCGCUCGAGCGCAGCGAACUAGAGGCCAAGCGGAUUGAACAGUAUCUCAGCCGCACAACCCCUCACGCCGGCGGCACGAGGCCACAGCGUUCACUGUCCGCGUCAUCGGCUGUGAGCAGUGAAGGUAAUGCCACCGAGGUCUCAGGAGACUCUGAAUUCCCACCUACCCACGGCGAGUCUGUUGGACCACCGCCUGCUCCUGAGGGUUUGAGACACAAGAAGUCUGAUCCCUCACCAUCUCCCUCGCCGGCCCACCGCAAGACAUCCAGCGGGACAUUCGUUGUGGGCAAGAUCUUCGGUCGCAUUAAUCACGCCAUUCAUGGAUUUGCAGACGUGGACCCUGAACGAACUCGUCGGGACCAGAUUGGGAAGACUAAAGAAAGUCUCAUUCAGCUGGAGCAAGCACUGGAGGUAUCCGAGAAAGACGUCAAGGAUGCUAGUGCAGGUGUCCUGCAGGAUCUCCGACGUUUCCAGAAGGAUAAGGAAGCCGAUCUGCGUCGUUACAUGGUCGCAUACGCCCGCUGUCAUCUAGAUUGGGCGCGGAAGAACCUCGAAACGUGGACUGAAGCUAAAGACGAAGUGGAUAAGAUUGUGGCGCGGUAG